AUGCCCCGAACAUUCAGCUUCAACAACGGCGACGACCGCGAAGGCCCCGGCUCCCCCAUCUCCCCAGUUGGCACCCCACCACCAAGCUACCAAGCAGACCCGCGAACACAAACCACAGCCGCAACGCCCGGAAUGGAUAACAUGGGCCCGUCAUCCGUCGGCGGCGGGAUAGGCGGCAUCGCAUUAGGCGUUGCCAACGGCCACGGCCACAGCAAUGACUUCGACGACGGCUAUGUCGGCCCUCCGGAACGAGGAUACAACACGCCCGGCGCGGAUAACCCGUAUAUCCCUUCGCCGCCGUUAGUCCCCUCGCCGGGUGUUGGGAUGAGCUCGGACUCGCUGCGACCUAGGGAUUCGUAUGGUCAGGCGGCGGGACAGUCGUCGUCGCAGAAUUUGCUGUCUGCGCAGUCGACACAGCAACAACAGGGGACGCAGCAGCCGCGGCCGUAUUUGGGUACUGCUGCUGGAGGGAUUAUGAGUGAUGGUCCAUAUCAGAGGAAUUCGGCAUAUAGUGGGGGUGAUUAUCCUUUGUUUGUGAAUCCGGAUGAGAUUAUUGAUGAUGGGGAUGAUGGGAUUUUGCCGCCGGGGAGGAAUCGCGGGAUGGGCGGGGGUGCUGCGGCUGGUACGGCUGGGGGUGCUGCUGCGGGGGGGUUGUUUGGGGGGUUGUUUAAGAGUAAGAAGACUGCGGCUGAUACUACGCAAUAUGGACCUGUUCCUGGGGCUGCGGGUGGUGCGGGUGCUGGUGCGAGUGCAGCGGCGCUGGAAGCAGGAGAGAAGAAACAUUGGUCGGCUGGGAGUAAGAAGCGAGGAUGGCUUGUUGGGUUGAUACUGGGGUUCAUCGUGGUCGGAGCGAUUGUUGGUGGUGCUGUGGGAGGAAUCCUGGGGCACCGGGGGAACACAACACGUGAGAAGGGCACGAUUCAUUCGGCAUCGGAUGAUUCCAAACAGAACGGCGACCUCGACAAGGAUUCUCAUGAGAUCAAGGAACUCAUGAACAACAAGGAUCUGCAUAAAGUCUUCCCGGGCGUGGACUAUACACCCUGGGGCGUGCAGUAUCCGUUGUGUCUGAAGUACCCGCCAUCGCAGAACAAUGUCACCCGCGACAUGGCCGUGCUGUCACAGCUCACCAACACCGUGCGCCUGUACGGUACGGACUGCAACCAGACCGAAAUGGUCCUGCACGCCAUCGACCGCUUGGAACUCAAAGACAUGCGCCUCUGGCUAGGCGUUUGGAUCGAGUCCAACCAAACCACCACAGAUCGCCAACUAAAACAACUCUACAAGAUCCUCGAUGACACCAAAGACACCUCCAUCUUCAAAGGCGCCAUUGUCGGUAACGAAGCCCUCUUCCGCGCGGGCUCCACGAAAUCGCAAGCUCAGAAGAACUUAAUUGGCUACAUGAACGACGUCCGCGACGAGAUUAAGAAACGCAACCUCGACCUCCCCGUUGCAACCUCCGAUCUGGGCGAUAACUGGAACGAAGAUCUCGCCAAGGAAGCGGACCUGGUCAUGUCGAACGUGCAUCCGUUUUUCGCGGGUGUCACUGUUGAGGAGGCUGCCAGUUGGACGUAUACUUUCUGGACAGGACAUGAUGCGUCCCUGACCAAGGGGACGGAUAAGAAGCAGGUUAUCUCAGAGGUUGGAUGGCCUAGUGGUGGGGGAAAUGAUUGCGGAGAUGGGAACAAGUGCAAGAGCGACACUGACGGCUCUGUGGCGAGUGUUGACAACAUGAACAAGUUCAUGGAGGACUGGGUUUGUCAGGCGUUGGAAAAUGGGACUGAUUAUUUCUGGUUCGAGGCAUUCGACGAACCAUGGAAAGUCCAAUUCAACACCGAAGAUGAAAAAUGGGAGGAUAAAUGGGGCUUGAUGGAUUCAGCGCGCAAGCUGAAACCCGGACUCAAGAUUCCGGAUUGCGGAGGCAAGACGGCCUCAUAA